AUUGACUGUUUGCUAACGUACACGUGAGGAGUUCGGUUGUUUAUCAAGACGAAUUAAAAUCACUUUUGUGGAGGUUUAAGAUUAGGGAUAACUGAAUUUAAAAUGUCUUCGGAAGGAGAAGCUAGUGCAGCAUCAAAACGAGUGGUUGCCAUAGCGAUAGAUGAAAGUGAAAAUUCAAAGGAUGCAUUUAGAUUUUACGUAGCUAAUGUACGAAAGGAAGGAGACUUGGUGUAUCUUAUACACUCCGUGGAAAUCAACAGUGUUCUUCAUUCAACACAGUGGUACAGUUCGCCAUAUUCUUUUGACAAGGAGAUGCUUGGUAAGCUGCUUGAGGAAGAAAAGGGGAAAAUCAGACAUAAACUAGAGAAGUUUGCAGAACUUUUAAAAAAUGCUUCGUGUGACGGUACAGUGAAGAGUAUUCACUCGGAGUCGCCCGGCGAGGGUAUAUGCAAAGCUGUCACUGAAAUCGGCGCUUCCAUGAUUAUCAUAGGCACUCGAGGAAUGGGAAAAGUGAGGCGCACGUUGCUGGGAAGCGUUAGUGACUACGUCCUUCAUCAUGCGCACGUGCCUGUGUUAAUUUGCAGGCACGAGAGCGACCACCAGCCUCAGCAACACGCUAAAAAGCAAUAAGAAUUGCUCCCGCCAAUGUUAUGUACACGUGUUAAGUUAACAUAUUGGUAGAAAUUAUCAUCUUGAAAAUUAGCUUGUUUGUUCUUUAAAAUGAUUAUGAUUGAAAGCUAGAAUAAUGGAACAGACUAUAAAUUUUAUACUAUGUAAG